AUGCUAGUCACCUACAAGCCUGACUCACCCAUUCGUUCUUUCCGACUCACCCAACGAGUCAUUUCUGACUCACUCAUUAGCUCGGGCCGACUCAUCCGACCCGACUCACCCGUCACCCGUGGUUUGCAGCUUGUGCAUAGGAUGACUUCGCGAAGAAUCCGGCCGUCGGCCACCA